AUGACCUCAUGUGGACUUGAAAGUGUCAAAUCUGAAAAAAAGGGCAAUAUUUGCACUCUGGGCUUGAUGAUCACUUCUGCCGCUAUUGGGGGAACAUUACAGUAUGGAUACAACCUCGCUAUUAUGAAUGCACCAACUGUUUACAUUCAGCAGUUUGUUAAUCAGACCUUUCAGAAGCGUUGGGAUAUACAACUACAGGUGUAUCAGAUAACACUGAUAUGGACCCUCAUAGUGUCUGUAUUCUCACUGGGUGGCCUUACAGGGGCUCUGUUGGCUGGACCUAUGUCUAUCCACUUUGGAAGGAAGAAGACUAUGUUGCUGAACAACGUUUUUCUAAUGUGCAGUGCACUGUUGGCUUUGACAAGCCGAGAAGCUGAAUCAUUUGAGAUGAUUAUUAUUUCCAGAUUUUUGGUUGGUAUCAAUGCAGGGGUUAGUAUGAAUGUGCAGCCAAUGUAUUUUGGGGAAAGUGCCCCAAAACAUUUACGAGGAGCUGUGUCAUUGUCUUCUGCUGUCUUCACUGCUUUCGGGGUGGUGCUGGGACAAGUGGUGGGUUUAAAGGAGAUCUUGGGUGGUGAAUCAUGUUGGCAGUACCUGUUAGCUAGUCAUGCUGUGCCAGGAAUCAUUCAGCUCCUCACGCUGCCCUGGUUUCCAGAGAGUCCUCGAUACCUUCUCAUCGACCGCGGUGACAAAGAUGCCUGCCUAAAGGCCCUGCAGCAUUUGCGAGGCUGUGAGGUCCAGAGAGAGGAGCUGGAGGAGAUGUUAGCGGAACAGGCUGAAUCUAAGUGUAGCCGAGCUGUCCUGCCCUGGGAACUAUUUACAGACCGCACUGUUCGCUGGCAGCUCAUCACCAUCUGUGUUAUGAGCAGUGCUAUGCAACUCUGUGGUAAUGACUCAAUUUACUUCUAUGCUUUCUACAUAUUUCAAAAGGCAGGAAUAGCUGAUGAGCAUAUCCAGUAUGUGACCAUUGUCACUGGCACUUGUGAAUUCACUGCCUGUAUUCUGUGUAACCUUUUGAUAGAAAAGCAGGGCAGAAGGCAACUUUUAAUUGGUGGUUAUGUGCUUAUGACAUGCUGGGCGUUAGUCUUUACUGUGGCUCUUUCAUUUCAGCACAUAGUACACUGGAUGCCUUUUUUGAGCAUGGUUUGUGUCUUCACCUAUAUCCUUAGCUUUGGGAUGGGGCCAGCUGGUGUGACCCUAACCCUGCCUGCGGAGAUCUUUAACCAGGCAGCUCGACCUGCCGCCUACAUGAUCGCUGGUGCUCUAAUGUGGCUUAACCUCUUCAUACUGGGAACGAUAUUUCCUUUUAUUGUGAGUGGACUAGGCCAGUUCUGCUUUGUGCCAUUCGCUGCUGUUUGCCUUCUUACUGCUCUCUUUAUUGGACUGUUUCUUCCUGAGACCAAAGGAAAGUCUUUACCCAUGAUCACUAGUGAGUUCAACAGGCUUAACUCCUGCAAACUAGAAAUGACAAGGCCAAAGUACAAAAAGGCUCAGUACCAGCUAGGGGAGGUUUGCCGCUCUACUGCCCUCUAAGCUGCUUUAAAAAUUCCAGGACAUUCUGACUUUUGGAACUUUUGAGUGAAGAGAAAUAUACGUUCUCUCAACA